AUGCCCGCCCUCACAAUCAACGCCGACAACCCUCCCAGCAAUAAUCCCCCUUCUCCGACCCGACCGCCUGUUUCCCCCAUCACACCUCCCUUGCGUCCUACCCAACGCCCCGCGACUGCAACUGCAAGCGCCGGCGCCGGCGGUCGUCCAAGCCUUACACAUUCACAGCCCGACCAGGCUGCGAUACCACCGCCCACACCUCAACCAAUAGCCUUUGAUUCCAACCCAGACGUCAUUGCGCUCAAGUCGGCGAUUUCCAUUCUACAGAUUCAGCGGCAGCGCGCCACUGCCGACAUCCAGGUCCUCAAUCGCGCAAAAGACGAAGCCGUCCAGGACCCUGAAGCUUUCAUAAAAGACCUUGUCGCAGGCAAGAUCAACGCGCCUGCAGAUGAUGGCGAUAGCGACAGCGACGAUGAAGAUACACCCAUGAGCGGUCAGGACAGCGGCAAUCAGCAAGACCCCGGUGAAGGGUCCUCCAAGCAGCGCAUCACUACCCAGCCACCAGCAUGGACGAAUCUUCCCCAGCCGCAAAAUGUGGUUCGCUGCCCGCCCAUCAACUGGUCGCAAUACGCUGUGGUCGGUGACUCCCUCGACAAACUUCACAACGAACAAGUCACGCGUCCCAACCAGGGUACACCAGCAACGAUUGGCGCAAACGGCAUGUACGAAUUCAGAGGUGAAGGGAAGCAAGAGAGGUACCAAGGCGUGGCGGCGCCCUAUAACCCAACCCAGGAGCGUCUAAACAAGAAGCCCAAGAGUAGGAGGUCAUGA